AGGAAUGACUGUAGAAUUGGAUAUAAGACCAGAAACAAAGACAGUGUAAUAAUUAAAGUAAUAACUUGCCGAAAUUAUUAACUUGACAUAAGAUAGAUUAUAUAUCGGAUUUGAAACAUCUCUUUUGGAAGAUAAUGAUUAUUUAUAGAAUAAAGGAAUAUCAGAUUGUGAUACUGUCCAUGUGAUUACGUCUUAAUUGACAGAAAAGAUUUGUUAUAGAAAUAAAAAAUGAUAAUUAUGAGCCUUAUUAUCAUUCAAAUAUAGUUUAAUUCAU